UAAAUGUAACUGCGUUGCUUCCCUCGUCCACCAUUUUGAGCGUUACUGCGCUGCGUUGGAAGCGUUAUCAGUUGUAAACAUGUCUGAUCAGCUUUGCAAGCUCUUUGUCGGCGGCCUCAACGUCGACACUGACGACGACGGCCUCCGCAAGCACUUCCAGCAGUACGGCUCGCUCACCGACUGCGUGGUUGUGGUCAACAAGCAGCUGCAACGCUCUCGCUGCUUCGGCUUCGUCACCUACUCGACGCCGGAGGAGGCCGACGCCGCCAUGGGCGCCAGGCCGCACACCGUCGACGGCAACACGGUCGAGGUGAAGCGGGCCAUGUCGCGGGAGGACGCCAACAAACCCGAAGCUCUCGCUAAGGUGAAGAAAAUAUUCGUCGGAGGACUGAAGGACGAUAUCGAAGAGGACCACCUGAGCGAGUAUUUCUCCCAAUAUGGCCAAAUCGAAAAGUCCGAGGUGAUCUCCGAGAAGGAGACCGGUAAGAAGAGGGGCUUCGGCUUCGUCUAUUUCACGGACCACGACUCCGCCGACAAGGCUGUCGUGAUUAAAUUCCACACCAUCAACGGGCACAAAGUGGAGGUGAAGAAAGCCCUGACCAAGCAGGAGAUGCAGGCGGCCAACCGGGGCGGCAUGGCCCCGAGAGCGAGGUCCGGCCGAGGGAUGAGGGGCAAUCAAAAUGGCUACGGUGGCAGAGACUAUGGCGGAAGCUACAGCUACGGAAAUGGCGGCGGAGGCUACAGCUGCGGCGGGGGCUACGGGGGAUACGGCGGGGGCUACGGUGGUGGCUACGGCGACCAGAGCGGCGGCUAUGGUGGCGGUGGCGGCAACGGCUACAGCGACUUCGGCAGCACCUACGCCCAACAUUCCUCCGGCUACGGGCCCAUGAAGGGGCCCUUCGGGGGCCAGCGGAACCCGGCACCCUACACCCGGGGAGGUGGCGGCGGGUACCCCAGGGGAGGAUACGGCGGCGGCGGCUACUAGGCCACAACAUCGCCGACCAAACCUUCCAGAUUACACCUCCAGCCCCGGAUUCGGACGUCAAAAGUCAAAACUCAGUAACGGGGGGAGGGGGGUCCGACCCCCUACAAACAAAAUGAAGACCUCAAAACAGGUAGGAAGGUCACUUCCCAAAAAGAUCCUGAUUAAAACAAAAUAGGACAUGUUGGAAAGAAAAAAAAUAUUACGCUAUAAACUUGUACCAGUUGCCCACGCGUGUAGUCGACGUUAAAACAUUUAGACCCACUUGCGUUCACCCAUUGUUAAAAAAAAAAAAAGAAAAACAUUGAAUGUAGGCCUGUUUUGAUAUGCUUAUUUUUAAUAUUUAGAUGUAUUGUUUUGAUUUUCAGUGUACAAGCGUGAGGAAAAUUAUUUGAUCUUGUUUUUUUUCGUAGCUGUUGUCACGAGGCCAUUUUGUGACUCCCACGUUUGCCCCAAAUUAAGAUGGCGGGAGGCGCACUUGCUAUUGUUUCUCUUCCACUCAUGCUUGUGCCCCCCACCCCUCCAAAAAAAAAAAAAGAAAAAAACGACCACGCUUUUAUUUUAGCUGGCGUAUCGACCAUCUAGGGUCUCUUUUUGUUCACCCCCCCUUUAUUCAGCUUGCAGAGCAAUUAUCCAAAUGUAUGCUGUGUAUUUUCAAUUGUUAAAUGACAAACUCAUUCAUUUCCUGUUUUGGAGAUACUUCUCUGUAUGUUCAUUAUUAAUUUUUUUUUU